AUGCAUGGACGGAUUGCCGUCAUGAAGAAAGACAUGCAGGACGCCAUUCACGAAAUUGAGUCACUUAUGGGUCAACUCGGCCAGGCGAACGACAGCAACAACAGCAACGGAGUUGCCGCUGACUCCAAUGCGGUGGAACUGCAACGACUUCAGGAAGAGGUGGGGCAACUACGGACGGAGAACGAGCGUCUGCAAACAAAGCUGCGACUGGUGAAGGCGUCGGAAGUUAGCCCGGAGGCGGCUUCCGCUGGGGCGUUCCUGCGCACCUCGGGCUCCGCGGAUCGCUCGCGGGCAUCGCCGCCAAAUUCACGGGCCCCGCAGCUUGGAAACAAGGUGCUCACGCUGAAGCAGCUCAAGCAGACAAUUGAGGAUAUUUAUGCAUCAAAAAGCAAGUAUGACAUCAAGUGCUCUGAGAGUCACCUCCCGCGGGAGACAAUGGAGCAGCACAUGUACACGUACCUGAACCAGCGCUACGGCCUGAAGCACCUCAUCCUGGACUGGGCCACCGCCAUCAUUCAAGGGAUUAAGAAGUACAAUCUGGAGGAUAACGACGUGGCCGUGUUUGGAAAAAUUAUUCGCAAUGAAAUUGACGAGGAGUUUCGUUUUGUACAGCGACAAGUGCGGGAGACUGUGCAUGAGUUGCUUCGCGUCUACUUAAAGGGCAAGCGACCGUCUAAAAGUGAUGCGGAGAUUAACAAGCUGGUUCAGAAGAAAACCAGCGGCGCACUGUUGGAGGAUGAGUGGGUCGACAUUGUGAGGUACAUGUACAACACCGAAGAUGCGGUGUCCAUCAUCAUGCGCGUGCGGGACCACCUGCGUCAGCUGUCGCAGCCACGGCGCCGCAGUUCGGUUCAGCGGGGCCACGAAAUCGCAUCCGUCCAUGACGUGCAGUUGCCAUACGCGGAACUCAUUUGCAUUCUCUUGGACUUUCAACUGGAGGGCCACGAGCGUUUUCUGGCCCGCUUUCAUGCCAUUUUCUGUCGCCACGAUGCAGACCGUAACGGCAUUAUCAGUGCGCAGGAGUUCGCCGCUGUCUUAAGGGGAGUAGACGCCUCCAAAACCGACGAGGAAAUCAACGCCCUGCUGGAGCUUAUCGAUCCCUUUGGGAAUCAACUCAUUACGUACUCGGAGUGCGUGACAUUUCUUAGUGCUGAGAUCGUCAGGAUGAUGAAGCCAGCUGCGUGA